GUCGCAAACUCUGGUGUCACAAUCACAUCGCAAGUCCAGCCGAAAUUUCAACCAUCUCACUCACUGUUAGCAGAAAACAGAAGGACAAUGAACGGUCUAACUCUAGCAGUUAUUGUCACGGUUUGUGUCGGCGUGACCUUUGCCACCAGUUACCGUCCCAACUACCCAACACAUGAUGACGACUGGGACCUGUACCCCCAGGGGUCAGUGGGAAGCGGUGGGUUGGUCCCGGGGUUCAGGGGAUCAGUCAGGAAUGGAUUUGUGGGUACUGUAUACCCUAGUUACGUAAGGAACGGUUUACUCGGACAAGUCGGAAACGCUUUCGUCGGAUCAAGACUGCCCAGGGUGUUGGGACACCAGAGCUCCGUAUUGUACCCCACACAGCACCAGCAAGGAACAUACCCAACAACCGGAAGACGUUACAAGAGAUCGACAGGUACAUACAGAUCCAACAGAUAUGACAGUAGUGUCCGUUACCCAGGACUGUACCCACGAUAUCCCCAAUUCCCACGGAGAUAUCCCGGAUACCCUACAUACCCCACUGUUGGCGGUUAUUGAUAGCCGUGAUUUACACACAUCUGGAUGGAAUAAGGAGAGCCGGUCUGAACGAAUGAAGCUGAGAUACAGAAAUGUGUGUGCAUCAGUGAUCACUUUCAUCCAGAUUUCCCGAACAAAUCCAAAGCUUACCUCACCUGUUUGACGUUACAUGUGUUGUGUGAUACCUUACUUGUGUGAUCUCAUUUAUGUUGUACAAUUAAAGUAUAAAGCAUUUUUAUAAUAAAUAUUUUUCUUACAAUUAUA